AUGUUAUUAGUCAUGAAACAAGAUGUUCUGCAUACAUGGCUACUUGAAAUGAAUUCACAAGCAAGAGUUUCACGUUGAGGUUUGCUUUGAGAUGUUACUAAGUGAGAUCUAAUAAUAAAACCACUGUAUAACUGGUGCCAUAUCAAUACCUCACAAGUGUAUGACAUUUCUAGUAACGCAUAUAUCCAUAUUCUCAGAUGUAGAAGGGAGACCAUAAAUUGAAGAGCAAUGCAACUAUUGAAUUAAAUCCCAAGAUGAUAUUGAAUGUGUAUCACUUUUUUGAACACCUUCAAGCUAUUACGAAACAUAUUUAAGCCAUGAAAUGAGGUAAAAGACUUUGGGUUUUUUAUUCAUUAAAUAUAAUAUCAUCCUAUUCUAUUGAUUGGGGAAUAUUCUGUUUUUGUUCAUUAUGGCUGGAACUGGUCCAGAAUUCAAAUAAAGAGCCAUAUUUCUGUGCUGUUGCUUUCCUUCUAUCCCCUAUCACUGCUCUUUUCAAACUACACUCCUGUUGUGCCAAUUUACCAUUAGUGACCACCUAAAUACAAAUUUUUCUCUUUGACUUUAUAUUUUGAAGGAUCCAUCAAUAAAGCAGAUGGCAGAGAAAAUAGCUCAGGAUCCUUCAUUCACACUGAUGGCUGAACAGCUCCAGAGAAGUAUCCAAAUUGGCAGUGAAGAUGUUGUACCUACCAUGGAUCCUCAGCAAUACAUCUCAACCAUGCAACAACUCAUGCAAAAUCCUCAGUUCAUGAACAUGGCUGAGCAACUGGGCAAUGUUCUAAUGCAGGUGCAACAUUUCCCUUGAUGUUUAUGGAAUCAUUCUUAGGCAUGCUUAGCUCUGGUUUGUUUUGAACGUAUUCCCAAUUUCAUUCUGGAUAUACCAGCUUUGUAUAUUGCUUAAACUUUCGAGCCUAAUUUGCAUCUCUUUUUCAAGGAUCCUUCGAUGUCUAGAGUACUGGACAACCUGAACAAUCCUUCCAGUAGAGAACAACUUGAAGAACGAAUUUCUCGCAUCAAGGAAGAUCCAACACUUAAGCCUGUACUAGAUGAGAUUGAGUCUGGAGGUCCAGCUGCAAUGAUGAAGUAAGUGAUGUGGAGAUUUUCCGUGGUAUUCUCAUGAAGAUUAGGAUGCUAUGUUAUCUUUUAACCUUUUGGCUUUAGGUAUUGGAAGGAUUCUGAAGUUCUACAAAAGCUAGGUCAAGCUAUGGGCAUUGGUGCUUUGGGGGAUACUGCAACAUCAACUGAGCUUUCUGGAUCAGGGGAAACAGAAGAAGCUGAAUAUGAGGAUGAGUCUGUUGUUCAUCAUGCUUCCAGUGUUGGCGAUGUGGAGGUAUUAUUGAUUAUUUUUUUUAUUCACAGUAAGGCGAUUUAUUCUUUAUGCACUCUUUUUUUCUGUCUAGAAUGUGAAAUAAGGGCUGAAGUUAUAAAGGAUGCUGGCUUUUUAAAAUGAAAUAACCUUUAAUUGGUGUAGUUUCUAGACUUUAUGAACUAAAUGAAAUUCAUUAAUUGUUCCGUUUCCUAUAGGCAUUAAAGAGAAAAGUGGAAGGGACGUAGAAUGAUUCUGCUGUCCAAGCAACUGGUGGAGCCCAGUCUCUUGCCAUAAAAUUCAGUGUUGAUCUUCAAUGGAUAAGAAAGUAAAAAGCAGAGAGAGUGGCACAUGCACAUGGACCCAACUGAUGUGUUUUUGUUGUGAUUUUUCUUGUCCCAACAGUCAUUGGUGGACCAUAUGUAUAAGAGGCAUCCUAGUGCUGACCAUGUGUCGUGGACAAGGCCAUUUCCUGAUUUCUUUGCUGCCACUGGACCGUGUGGUGGAGUUCUGUGCUUCAGUUGUUGAUUAUCCUUGACAUUUUGAUAUUGUUCAACGAGAUAUAGUUUUAAUCCCUGUAUUUACUUUAGGAGCCUGAAAUAUUGCACAGAUAAAACCAGAGUUACCCUAUCCAUUAUGAAUAUCCGGGAUACCAUCCAAAACCUUAAACUAAUUUCGUUCAGUUUCACGUAUGUAAUUUCAAGCAAUUCUGUCCACAAAUCUUUGUGCACGUAAAAGUGUGUGAGGUGCUAACCUAGCUAAAUCUAACCAAUGGUAUCUUGAUCGCACAAGCACCUGAUUGAUAAACAUCAAUGGAGAGAUGAAGAACUAACUUCCCCGAUGAAACACUUUUUGAGAUUUCCUUGCUGGAGAAGAAGUUGCCAUUGCUUUGCCAAGGAGACCAAAAUUAGCAGGACCAUACGAACCUCCUGUUGUCAAGUCUUGUAGGAAGAAUUAGAGGCGGCCUGGUAUGUGCCGCAGGUUAAGCCAUAGCAGGGCAGAGAAACUUGGACAAAAGUUGGAAUAUGGUCUAUUGCUAUGAAAAAUCAUAAGCUUAGCUUUAGCAGAAAACUAGAUUUUCCCUUGUGUACGUCACCUUCUUUUUUCUUUGCAGGUGUUUAGCCUUCCAGACUUACUCUCCAUGUUGAGGCCAGAUUGAUCAGCACUAUAACAAACAAACAUGGAUUGAUCUGUUAUAGACAAGAAAGAUAAGUGGAGCACAUAAGUUUCAGCCUGUUUAGGUUUCUUUCUUUAAGCAGGUCGGAUCUUGGAUCUUGUAUAUUUGAAUGAGAAACCAAUGAAGCCAACAAGUAUAUCUUCGUUAUACAGAGAAUGUGGGCAUAUGUAAGGGAAAUGGAAGUCAUCAUAACAACCACAUUGGAUCAUAGCUAUUAGGUCUGAUCUGGGUUACUGGAGAUCUGUUCUCAAUUUCGGGGAACUUGUCUUUUUGAAAAAUUCUAACCUUUUGCUACUUGAGGAAUAUGGAUACUGUGUCCUUUCGCUUUCGAUUUCUUUAUAGAAAUAAGUGUCAUUUUCAUCAUUAUGCAUGCUAAUAUUUGAGGCAUGCUUUUUCAUCUCGUAACUGACUUAUCCGUUUUAAUCUAAAGGACUGUAUUAAAAUAAUUUAUAACUGUCAUAUCCCUCCUAAGUAAUCGGGUAUGUUUUGUGGCUUAUUUUUAUCUCAUUUCGUGAAGAUCUGUUUUAAAGAUGUAUUUUGUCACUAUUGCUUCCUUCAAUCUUCCUUAUUUUGAAUAAGAGUAGAAAAUUUAUUCGUCAUCUUUAUGACCAUGUCCUUAUCCUAGGCGUAUAAAUUGUUUGAUGUUUUCCUUGUACUUCAGUUUUUGUUAAAUAUUCUCUUUACGUGUUUUUUUUCAAAGGUCGGCCUUUCUUUUAAACUUUUGUAAGCAAGAUCUGUUUUGUUCACAUCAUCUGAUCUUCCUGUAAAUCUUGAUUCGUUGGGUUAAGCUUCUUGUUUUGCAUAAUUGAGAGGACCUAUUUAUGAAUAUGUGGUAAUUGCAUCUCUCAAAUUUUGCUAGUAGUCGGUUUUACUCUGUUGUACAUUUUGAAGUACGUUGAUAAAAUGGCUUUCUCUUUUACUUUUUUUUUUGGGGGGGGUUUUGGGGAAUGGAAGUGGCCCAGAGGAAAGUCAUGAGGUCCUGGUUAGAUUCUCCUUUUCACAGAUCGUAUUUUGCUUAGGCUUGUAUGCAACUGCAUCAACUGAACUUUUGCUCCAUCUAAACUGAAAAGUUUUAUAUUUUUUGCGUUCAUGGUUAAAUCAGGGGUUGCAGAAUGCACUUGCUGCUGGAGCAGACAAAGACGAAGAAGAUUCAGAAGGAAGGACAGCUUUACAUUUUGCCUGCGGUUAUGGGGAGGUAAAUAAGUUUGUGAACUCUCUUUGCUGGGCAUACUGAGGUCAAAAACAUUUCCAAACUUUCACGGCCUUGUUUCUUGGCGAAAAUUUUCAAGUUUGCUCUUUCUCCCCCAUAAAAGCUCAUUAGGAUUCUAUUAUGCUGGCUGUAGUUAUAAUACGUGGUGAGUUGCAUUCUCAUUUACGUUACAUGAACCAUUAACCUGUGUGAGGUUAAUAUUGAUGCACAUAUAGCUUCUUCAUUGGUUUGUUGUUAGCGGGUUAAUUGGUCUAAUGAAUUGAAACUUGUCUUGAAGGAUUUCUCGACGAAGAAAUUUUCCUCAUCCAGAUGUUUGAUUUCAUUUAGCCAACUGAUAUGGGCCAUGCUUCAUUUCCACUUAAAGCUGAUGAUUUAGUUGUGUGAAACAAACCAAUAAAAAAUACAUGGGUUCAAAAAUGCCUUUGAAUGGAAUUUGUGUGACAAUUCGUUACUGUCUAGGAUAUUUCCUCUGAAUUGAGUGAAAUAUUUUAUCAGGAUCAGGUCUGAUGCCUACUCCUUUUUGGAUAGUAUCAGGUAUGACAUCAUAUACUUCGUGUGCUUUCAAGGUGGUAAGAAGAUACAUAUGGUAGGAAAUUGCCUUCUGCUUAGAGCGCUUUGGACAAUACCAUGAGCAUCCCUCGUAUGAAAAAUCCUGGAUCUUAAAGUCAUAUUUUCCUAUCAAAGUUUGGUAAAGUGAAAUUAAAAACAGAAAUUCACUUCGGAUUCUUAUGUAUUUCUUUUCAAAAGAUUGUUUUUUUGGACGGUAAGCUGACUUAUAUGAUUCAGGGUGAUGAAAUAUCUUAUUCUUGGCUAUUCUAACUGAUUGCAGCUUUUUAUAACAUAUAGUGUUGGGAGAGUUUCACUCCUACUAUCUUUAGAAGGCCUAAAAAUUAAGUGCCCCAUAAAGGGUUUUACAGGAAGGGAAAGUAAAAUAUAGUAACUGGAAAAUAAGGAAACUCCAAAAAAAAUGUCUAACAGUCCUAAAAAAUUAGAAGAAUAUAAAUUAAGUAAAAUAUAUUUAGAAAUAUAUCACUGAAAAUAUCUCAUCAUUCUCAUCACGAGCACUCAGGUUCUUUGGGAAAUUCCCUGCAGUGUUAGAGAUUUAUAAAGACUAUGACAAUUGCCUCUUACAGAGACGAUUUGGAAUUCCAUUUUUCUGACUACCCACAGGUGUGUGGGUGUUGAGUUAUGAGGAUUUUGCUUGCUGCCUGCCAGUGCAGCCGCUACUUGCCUCUGCCUCGAGGAGGAUAAGAUAUAGGAUACGAGGAGUCUGUGCCAAAUGGCCUGUCUCCAUGAUCAUUGGUUUCUGUUGGUGGGUUCUCUGAAACUCACGUUGAACUAAAAAAAUUGACAGGUUUUGCAUGACUGCAAGAAACUUGCCGAACAGUCUAACCCCAAAUUAGAGCUGCAAUUUCCUAAAUCCUCUCUUGAUUCAAAAGUAAUGUUUUUAAUCAAUUGGGUUCAUAGCCGCCCCACCGGUUAGGCUUGAUAGAAAGUUUGUAGCUAUAUUCUCCUCGCCCACAGUGACAUCAAACCCCUGCCCGACCUGAGAGGAGCUUGCUCAUCCACUAUCUUGACUACAGGCCCAGAUCGUGAUUGGUAUGCCAUUUCCCAAUUCGGAUUUGGGGUUUAUUUUAAGUCAAACAUGUUGUAAUUGGCUGUUCAACUUCGUGCAAAUGCUCUGGGUUCAACAUUGGAUGAUCUUGUCCAGUAAGGGUCAUGAUAGCUCAAUGUUUGGUGUUUCAGGUCCAAUGUGCUCAGAUUCUCCUCGAGGCUGGGGUUGCAGUGGAUGCUCUGGACAAGAAUAAGAACACUGCUCUCCACUAUGCUGCUGGUUAUGGCCGAAAGGAAUGUGUCGCUAUUCUACUUGAGAAUGGGGCUGCUGUGUAAGUUGCAGAUGGUUUACUGGUAUCUUGGUCUUCUCUGACGACAGCUCUCCUUUUUCUCACAUGGUUGAUUGAUUUAUUCUGCCAUCUGCAGCACUCUGCAGAACUUGGAUGGGAAGACACCUCUUGAGAUUGCUAAGCUGAAUGAUCAAGAUGAAGUGCUCAAGUUGCUGGAGAAGGAUGCCUUCUUGUGA